GGUCAGGCGUUGCCGGGGUCGAGGGAUUUGCCGAAUGAUGAGAAUUUAUCGCGGUUGUUAUCUGAUGGACUACAUUUCACGUCGGAAGGAUACAAAGUCAUGUUUGAUGUGGUUAUGGAGACUAUUCGCAAGAAUUGGCCGGAUCAAGACCCAGAGAAGCUUCCCUUCGUGUUUCCGGGAUGGGUCGACGCUCCCAAAUAAGUACAUACUCACCUCUUGGCUCACUGAUAUAGACCGUAAAUAGAAUUUCAGUACAUAUUUCCAUUGACAUCCUCAAAAAAAGAUGAAAUGUUUUGCGUGGUGGUCUGUCAUGUGACGUCACAUGGCGAAUGCGGACUUCGAAGCCCAACGGCACCACAGCAACUCUCGACAAUUGACCACACACAAGCAAAUGCGCCCAGGCAUCCCAUCAGCUAUCUGUCCAAUAACCAGCAAGGCCAUAACGCAGCCUUUCCGUACCUGCUGGCCAUCACAGACAUCGUUCCUACGAAUCCUUUCCCGCCCAGCAACAACCACCGCAACUACAAUCCCCAAGUCCAGAACCAGAACCAAUCCCCCACCUUCUCGCCCCGUCAUCCAGAAAAUACCCCUGACCAUGUCCUCCGACAAGAUCCCAGACCGCUACAAGCUCAUCUUCUACACCCCGCAUUCCCAUAUCGAACCGUGCAAGGAAGCCGUCUUCGCGGCCGGCGCUGGCGUCUUCUCCGGUGGGAAAUACUCUAAGUGUUGCUUUCAGAUGCCCGGCCAGGGACAGUUCCAGCCGGGUGAUGGUGCGAAUCCGGCGAUUGGGUCUGUGGGUGCGCUGGAGUAUGUUGAGGAGAUGAAGGUUGAGGUUAUGUGUGUGGGGAGGUCGAUUAUGUUGAAGGCUGUGGAGGAGUUGGUCAAGGCGCAUCCAUAUGAGGAGGUUGCAUAUGAGGUUUAUAAGAUGGAGAAUGUUUAGCUGGUCUAGGCAUGGUUAUGAGUUAUGAGUACUCCGUAUAGGUGUCUGGUCUCGGGGCACGUUGUUGAUAGUGGCUCCCUCUGUCACCACCCGGCAGAGAGAAACACAAAUAAAAGUAAAAUAGGCUAAUUGAAGAGCGUUCUCUGAACAACAAUAUUUAUCUCGAUUGAUUAUAUCUCUGU